GAUCGGUCUCAGCAGCAGCAGCAGCAGCAGCAGCAGCAGCAGCAGCAGCAGCAGCAGCAGCAGCAGCAGCAGCAGCAGCAGCGCUGGCCGCAGCCACGGCCGUGCUGCGGCGCGGCGCGUCGCUGCAGCGCUUCGCCGCCCGCAGCAGCCGGCCGCUGCUGCGGCCUGCAGCGCUAA